AUGAGAGGGGCGCCCGCAAAGUCCUCCAUUCGUGCAGCGGCUACCACGGUUUCCUCGAACAAGGCCAUCCUCGCCAUGUCCAAGUCGGGUGAUCUGGGCGGCGCACGAAAGCUGUUCGACGAAAUGCCUGAUCGAGACGUGAUCUCCUGGAACUCCGUGAUGUCGGCCUACGCGCGGCACGGGAUGCACGAGGAGGUCCUGCGGAUGUUCAAGCAGAUGCUGAAGCGCGGCGCUGUGGAGCCGACCCACACGACGCUGGCGACUGUCUUCUCCUCCUGUGCCGAGCUGCGGGCGCUGGCCGAGGGGAGGCAGCUCCACGGUCUCUCCAUCAAGAGGGACUCCUCGAGCAACGCAUUUGUGGGCACUUCCCUCGUCACGAUGUACUCCAAAUGCCUGGUUUCGGAUUGCUCGCUGCUUCGGGCCUUCGAGGAGGUAUAUUGGAAGAGCACGGCGUCUUGGAACGCUCUGCUCUCCGCCUUGAUCAGAAACCGACAGCUUCUGAGGGCUCGCCAAGUCUUCGACCGAAUGCCGGCGCGGAAUUGCAUCUCCUGGACGGCGAUGAUCGACGGGCUCGUUCAGGGUGGGAGGCUAGCGGAAGCCCUCGAACUGUUCCACUCUGCCCCGAUGAAGAACAGCGUGACGUGGGCUGUGAUGCUGCGAGGGCUCGUCUCCGAGGGCCAUUUUCGCGACGCCAUCCGACUGUUCAACAAGGUUAUGGUGGAGAAGAACCAGCGGGAACAGAGCAGCAGCAGCGCUGCGGUCAUCGUGCAGGUCGUUGCUGCGUGCUUGGGCUUGGAGGACGCAAAUUGUGGAAGGGCAGUUCAUGGUCACAUUGUGAAAUUGGGAUUUGACGCCGAUCCGGCCAUCGAGGCCUCUCUGAUUUCCAUGUAUUUCAGUUGUUUGGAGAUAGAGGCUGCAGAGCUGGAGGUUCUGAAACUUGGAUGCAGCAGAUCUACUGGAGCUUGCAAUUCCUUGAUCCGUGGCUAUGUGGAUAACGGCAGGAUCGAUGAAGCUCGGAAGGUGUUCGACGGAAUGGAGAAGAGGGAUGAGAUCUCUUGGUACCUGAUAAUCCAGGGUUACUUGAGGAACAACUUGGUCGAUCGCGCUGUUGAUCUCUUUUCCACAAUGACAAGCCCCACGGUGGAGAUCUGCACUGUCCUGGUGUCUGCUCUAGUCGAAGACGGUAGGGUUGCCGAGGCGAGGAAGCUGUUCGAUGAUAUGCCUGACAGGGACGUGAUACUGUAUACGACUCUGAUGUCUGGUUACAUCAGGAAGGGCUUACUGGAAGAGGCGUUGAAGCUUUUCAAGAUGAUCCCCAACCCCAGCAUCGUCACCUACAACGUCGUCGUUUCUGGGCUGAUACUCCAUGGGAAGGCUAGGGAAGCUUACAAUCUGUUCAACGAGGCGCCUCUCAAGGACGAGGUCUCGUGGAGCGCCAUGAUCUCUGGUCUGGUGCGAGGAGGACUCGCCAGCGAGGCGUUCCUAUUGUUCAGAAGCAUGAUGUUCGCUUCUGCUCAAGGCAACAUCCGACCGAACGAGCCGGCGAUUGCCAGCAUUCUCAGCGCUUCUGCCGGCCUCUCCGCGUUGGCUCCGGGGGAAGCGAUCCACGGAAUCGCCGUCAAGCUGGGGCACGAACCGCGCCUGCUGACUGCCAAUUCGCUGAUAAACAUGUACAGCAAGUGCGGGCAGGUUCCCGCGGCCAGAUCAGUGUUCGAUCGAGCGCAGAAUCGAGAUCUGAUAUCCUGGAACUCCAUGCUCUAUGGCUAUGCCGUCAACGGAUGCGGCGCGGAAUGCGUCGAACUGUUUGAGAAGAUGAAGUGCGCGGGGACGGAGCCGGACGAUGUGACCUUCCUUGCCAUUCUGUGUGCCUGCGCGCACGGCCGCCUGUUGGAGGAAGCUCGGCGUUACCUCGAUGUGAUGAGAUCUGAGCACGGAGUCGCUCCGAGUCUUCCACACUACUCGUGCCUGAUCGAGCUUCUGUGUCGAUCAGGUCGUCUCGAGGAGGCCGAGGAGCUGGUCCGCUCGAUGCCGUUCGAGCCUGAUUCGGUGGUGUGGAGCUCUCUUCUCAGCGGGAGCGCGCUGAACGUCCGGGUGGAUCUGGCAGAGUAUGCUGCCGAACGACUGCUCUCGAUCGAACCAAGAGAUCCGGCGCCUUACCUGUGCCUAGCUCGGAUCUAUGCGGUGACUGGCCAGUCGGCCAAUCUGCGAAGAUUACGGAAGAAGAUGAAUGCUGCUAGGAUGAUCACGAGACCUGGUCGCAGCUGGAUUGAGAUCAAUGGGGAGAUCUUCUCCUUCUUCGCUGGGGAUAAAUCUCUGCCGCCGUCUGGAGAAGUGCUCGCUCAUUUGGAAGGCCUGAUCUGCAGGAUAAAAGAACUCGGGUAUGUUCCGGAUUACAACCACGUGAUGGAAGAGAUGGAGGAACUGGAAAAGGAGGAGGUUCUCAUGAAGCACAGCGAGAAGAUUGCAGUCGCGUUUGGACUCCUCAGAACAGAUCCUCCUAAACCUGUAAGGGUAACGAAGAAUCUCCGCAUCUGUGGCGAUUGCCAUUCGGCGAUGAAGCUCAUAUCCCUCUGCACUGAACGGGAAAUCGUCAUCAGAGAUAACAUUAGGUUUCACCAUUUUAGCGGAGGCCGGUGUUCUUGCUCUGAUUCUUGGUGA